CUCUUCUUCUCUCCUCCGUCUAGAUGACGUUCACUCGUCCCGCCAACAACAGACAGCUGACCUUCCAUGAGAUUGGACAGAGUGCCAAGAUCCCCGUGAACGAGGUGGAGCUGCUAGUGAUGAAAGCUCUGUCUGUGGGUCUGAUCAAAGGAAACAUUGACGAGGUGGACCAGAAGGUUCAGAUGACCUGGGUGCAGCCCCGAGUACUGGACCUGCAGCAGAUCAAGGGCAUGAAGGACCGGUUGGACCUCUGGUGUGGGGAUGUGAAAAACAUGGCUGUGUUGGUGGAACAGCAGGCCCACGAUAUCCUCACCUAGACGGGCCUCCUCCCCCUUGGUUUAGCAUCACUUAGACAGGCCUCCUCCCUCUGGUCUCCUCCAUGGCCCUGUCCAGAACAA